UUCAAAAGUUGGCAUUGUAACAUUCUUAUCCCACAAUGAAGUUUGUCAAGAAAAGUUUUAUAGAUAAAUACACAAUGAAUAUAAAGCUACAUUUUGCUUUUGCUUUAUUAUUGCGGCUGAUUCUCAUUAUAUUUGGUUGUAUUCAAGAUGCCUUUUUAGAUGUGAAGUAUACAGAUAUUGAUUAUUUUGUGUUCACAGAUGCUGCCAAAUAUGUAUCAAAAGGUUUUUCACCCUUUAAACGAUAUACAUACAGAUACACUCCAUUUUUGUCAUAUUUGCUUCUACCAAAUAUUUGGAUUGGUGAUUUUUAUGGAAAGAUAUUUUUUUCCAUAUUGGAUAUACUUACAAGUAUGCUAAUAUUUAGAGUACAGAAAAAAGCUGGUGUUACGACUGACAUUUGUAGAUUGUGUACAUUUAUGUGGCUAUACAAUCCUUUGCCCAUGGUUAUAUCAACAAGAGGAAAUGCUGAAUCUGUCAUGACAUUCCUGAUAUUGCUGUCAAUUUAUUUUCAUCAAGUCAAAAAACCCUUCAUGUUUGGCAUUGUUUAUGGUUUGUCUGUACAUUUUAAAAUAUAUCCAUGUAUAUAUGUCCUCUCAUUUUACUUUACAUAUUUUUCACCUAAUAGUACUUUAUCUGGUUGGAAAAAAUUAAAAGCUUUUUUAUAUCCUAAUCCAGAAAAAUUAAUUUUUGUUCUCUCCACUUUGUCUGGUUUUGCUUUCCCUACUCUGAUAUCUUUUGUUUUAUAUGGCGAUGAAUAUGUCAGGGAGGCUUUGUUGUAUCAUAUGAUAAGAAAAGAUAUUCGGCACAAUUUUUCACCAUAUUUCUAUCUUUUAUACCUUUCUGAACUGAUUGAUCCUAAAAUAAGUGCAUUUCUUUCCUUCAUUGCCCUUCUUAUACAAGGUUUAUUAAUUAUGCUUGUAUCUUGGGUGAUUGUCUCCCCUCAAAUGCUACCUGCUGCCAUGUUUCUUCAGACUUUUAUUUUUGUCUCCUUCAACAAAGUUUGUACUUCACAGUACUUCUUAUGGUAUCUAUGUCUUUUUCCUUUAAGUUUUCCUUUACUGAAUGUCAGUAUGGCACAAUUGAUUUUGCCUUUUAUAAUUUGGUGUUUAGGACAAGGACUGUGGUUGCUCCCAGCUUAUUAUUUGGAGUUUCAGGGAGAAAAUACAUUUAUAUUGAUUUUUAUUGCAGGUCUAUUAUUUUUUGCAAUCAAUGCUUGUAUAAUAUGUUUGUUUAUAAAAUAUUUAAAACUUCCCGAUAAACACUUGAAGAAUAAAUGAAUAUUUUACAUUGUUGAAUUGGUGGAACCAUCUUCCCAUUCAUGAAUUUCAUUUUUUUAUUACAAAGGAAAAAAUAAUGCUGGUAUAAUUUAUGAAUAAAUAAUAUUGUCUUCUUCAACAUUAUUAUAUAUUUUUUUUACAUCAUUAUCAAACUAUCCUAAAACUCACAGUCACUGAUUUUGGCACUGAAAUGCAAACUAGAAUAUUUGAUAUUACUUACACCAAUAUUAGAAAAUGUCUUUGUCAAUCAAAUAACUAAAAAUUUGAAGGAUCAAAUGCAUGUGUGCUAUUUUUUUUAUUUAUUUUCUUUUUCUGAAUUAUUACUUCUUCUUUCAAAAGAUGUUUAGAAUAAAAAGAAAAAUUUCACAUCAAAAUUAAUAUUUUUUCCAUUCUCCUUUUUUUAAGUGGUGAAACUAAAUAAUAAAAUAAAGUUAUUUUAAAGGAAAAAUUCACAGCUCAAAGAUUUUUUAAAUCUACAACUCUGUUUAUCUGAAAUUUCAUACGUUUUAUUUCUUGAAGUCUUCCAUCUUGAUUGUGACAUUAAAUUCAUUCGUUUAGCUUGGAUGAAGCAAGUAAACUUCUACGCUGAACCAUGGAUUCAUAAAAAUAGAAUGAAUAUGAAGUCAAAUUGUAUCUUAAUCCAAAACUGAUUCCUUAGUGUGAGUAAUAUUAUAGAUUAUUUAAAAAUUAGUUGAAACAACCAAAACAAAUAUAAUGUAAAUGGGAUGAAGUUUAUAUAUAUUUCAGAUGAGUAGUUGAUGUUAAAAGGUGUCUUCCUUAGUGUAUACAGGAGAAGGAAAUGUAAUUCCCAUUUUAAAUCUACAUCACUUUAUCUUGCACUCUUGACAGUCAAAACAUAUGAUAUUUACAUCUGACUUUCAGGAAGGAAACAAUCAAGAAAAGUAUAUGUUGAUUUUUUGUUUGUUUGUUUACAUGAGAUAUACUGUUAUAACAAUAAUAAAAUUUCAAUUAAGAUAUCUGUUUUAUUGUUCCACAAUAAAAAUAAAUGUCCCCUGAUGUAUGUAGAAUCGU